UUAUGUUACGCUGUCGGCUCCAGCUUAUGAUGUUGUGAAUGGGGUCUCUUUAUACUAACUUGCAAUUUAAUUUAAUCAAAUCUUCAUUGUGAUUUUAAGUUUUAAGUUACAACAAACACUGCAACUUUUAUUGUGAUAAUUUUUAGAUAAAAUAUUAUUCUGUUCCAAAUGUGGUAGAAGUGCGAUAGUUAUGAAGUAAAACAGUUCUAAAGUAUUUGGUCGUGGAUUGGAUAAUAAGCCUUCUAUUAGAGUAACCUUGGACUAAAUAAAGCACCUCAAGAUUUUAAAAGGUUUCAGCCUCAUGCUUAAUUAAAUAACGACAUACGAGGCAUGUUUAUGUGCGAAAAUGAUUAUACAACUAUGAGAAAAUCAAUACCCUAGUACCAACGGACCAGAGCAGAAGUUUACCUCCAUAUUCUGCUCAAUUAAAUUAAAAUGACCAUUUUUAACCUUCUGCCCUCUUGGGCAUCAGAACCCUUUAAGUUUCUAGGAUGGCUUCUGCCAAAAGGGGUGAAGUGGAAGAACUCCCGAGCCAGCCCUGGAUGCGCCUAUGUUCCAACCACCAUCGAACAUGUCGCCAACAUCAUCACCCAUGGUAUAUGGAUCCCACCGAGUAUCUACGCAGGAACGGUGUUAAUUCACCGGUCAGCCACCAGACUGCAGUAUUUCUCCGCAGUUGUGUACGGAUCUGCUCUCGUACUGUGUUUUACUGUUUCGACUGUCUUCCACUCCAUCUUCUACUGCGGCCAUAACCAGCAACUCAAAGAUCUGCUGCAUCGAGGAGACAGAGCCAUGAUCUACGUGUUCAUCGCAGCCUCGUACUUCCCCUGGGUGAUGCUGCGACCUCUACCUCAGGACAGUAUUGCGGCAGAGCUCUGGUGGUUAGUCUGGGUGUUGGCGGCUUUUGGCAUUCUCUACCAACAGAUGUUCCACGAGCGCUACAAGACAUUGGAGACUUGUUUCUACAUUUUCCUGGGCUCGGCUCCUUCCUUGGCAGUCUUGGCACAUAUUGAACAUGCCGAGUUCUCAGGUAUUCAGGAGCUGAUGUUGGGAGGAGUCCUCUACGCUGUUGGUGUUUGCUUCUUCAAGUCGGAUGGCCUGGUGCCCUGCGCCCACGCCAUCUGGCACAUGUUCGUCGGCGCGGCAGCCACCGUACACUUCUACGCCAUCUUGCACCACCUCUACUCGGCACCGCUGCCUGCGCUCGGAGACUAGUCUGUGAUACCACGAUGGUUGGGCUUCGGCUCGUGUUCCCAGGCAAUGUUUACGUUCACCUUGUUGUUCGGCUGCUGGUAAGCUUUACGGUUAUUUUUUCAGUUCCUUAAGAUGCGAAACGGAACGUAACCCUGAGGUUUUGUGUGACUGUUUAGCGUGAGCAAAAAUUAGAUCUUCAUGUAAAAGGUUGGAAAUUAGGUUAAUGGUUGGUAUUUGAACUGUGCAUUUCAAGAAUAUAAAUAUUAAAACCUCAGAGUUUUGUUCUUGUUGAUAAAAAAUGUAGGGCUUUUCUCUACAGAUUAUGUCAGAAAAAGCUAGAUGUUAAGAAAAGAACUAAAGAGUUGUAAAAAGGGUUGUUGAGGGCAACCCCUGUUGAGGGGAAAAACUGCCCCGGGGCUUUUACCAAACGUUGUUGAGCGCACAGGCGUGCUGCGAUUGGGUUUUAAUAUAUAUGGACUUAUUCAAAAGUAAAAUAGUUUUCUGUGCUGCACUCUGUGGAAACAUUGUGGCACUAUUUCAAAUCAUGACUAAUACAGCAUGUUGUGAUUAUUCAAACCUAAAAAACAGUUGCCGGGUAACAGCUAGUUAUAUUUAUUUGUAAACAUUGUAGUUCAAAAAGUCUUGACAUUGACCCACUUAAAGCCCUCUGGGGCGGAGCCCUUUUGACGGAUCUGCACCAAACUUCACACAAACCAUCCUUGAAUGCUUAAUAAUGCCUGAAAGUUUCAUUACGAUCUGUCAAGCAGUUUUAAAGCGUGUAAAAUUAUGUGAGGCAAGUGAUGAGUCUUUGAGUGCAUAUAAACCAGGAAAAGAGAUUGAAGAUGUCAAAGGUUUUUAUAUACAGUUGUUAAACUGAAUAUUUUGUAAAAAUACUUAUCCUUUGAAAAUAGAACAUUUAGAAUGUUAAGUUCAAUAUAUGUCUAGUGAUUCUGUAAUCAAACAUAUAAAACAAAGAGCGUGUUCUGGGAACACUAACCGGUGCAGAAAAUGCGUUGUUCUGGGAGAACGGUGAGUUUACUGGGGAAGUAUUCAGCUGUUUCCUCUUUUUUCCCCCACCGGUGCAAGAUUUAUGCACCGGAGAAAUUGUACAGUGCAUAAUACACUGGCGGCUUCUAGUUGGCCGGUUCUUGGACUCCAGUCUGCCUGCAGAGUGCAGAGUGCAGCUAUGGCAAGUUGGCGGUUCCAUCAUAGACUAACCAAACACAAGUAUUGGAAUAUGUUUUAUCUAUUCUUCCAUCGAAUAAAUGAUAAUGUUUUAUCAGUUUUAUGGAUUAUAUUAUGUUAAUAAGUGAAUAAUCAAUAAUAUAUCAGUAAUUUAUUCUGUGAGAGCAAGUUGGCUUGAUUUUAAUAUUAUAAGUAGGUUGAUGAGUAAAUUACAAUCUGUUGUGCACCGUAAACCGGCGACUAACCGUUCUGGGAUCUCAAGACUCUUGCCCCGGGGCGCUACCGGUGAGUAAGUCACCGGAUCAUCUGCACCGGUGCACCAAUACAUGUUCCCAAAACAUGCCCGUAGUCUUAAAUAACAGAGUUGCCUGGAUUGAAAAAGUUACCUCUAUAAAGCAAUAAGUUAUAACAGAUCUUUUGUUGAUCAAGAUGUACAGUCCCUCUCUUUUGUUAGUUAAAUCAACAGUUAAGUAAUUAAUGGAUUAUACAAAUUAAAGCUGUGAAGCGUUCAGUUUUUUGUUAGUUUACAAAAUUGUAACAACAAUGUGCAAAUUACCUGGCAUUUUUUGUGAAAUUAGCCCACAAAAUAUUGGGUAAUAACAGCAUCACAGGGUUUUACUGUAAACAAAUUUGAAAGAUUUGAGAGGAACCUAAAAUGUUAUAACUACAGAAAAAGGUAGAUAUAAAUGAUCAAGUAGCCAUUAUUUUUUAUUUUAAUUACCGAAGUAGACAUUCCAUAGAUGGACCAACUACUGUCCACAGUUUUUUACUUGAGGAAAAUUAUGUUUAACCAGCCUCUCAUAGGGUUGCUACUAUUUGGAAGUUCUAUUUUAUCUUAGUUUUUCAUAGUUUAUGGGGACAUGGUGAUUCUAUAGUUUACAAAAAGUCACCCUUUCAGAUUGGCGUGAUUAAAAAGGACAGUGUAUAGAAGGAAAGGUGAAUGAUAGAGAAGUAUUUUUUUUAGAAACUAACCAUUUGCAUUUUUACUUCACCGACACAAGUUAGGAGUUCCGAGUUAACUUGUAUGUUUAACAUUCCAAGAAGUAAUUUUUUUUUGGACAAAUUACUUACAUAGAUGUUUGAUAAAUUGAACAUUCUAGCAUCAGAUUUUGUUAAGAAUUUCAAAUUUAAAUGAGUUUUUUUAGAACAUUUGAAUUAAAUUUGUUAAACUUUAAUCUCAAAAGUGUAUUAUAUUAAUGAAGUACAGAGGACUUUUUUUGGCAUGGUUCCCCAUUUCCAGAGGGUAAUAAAUAUUUGUUGAACUUUAGGUUUAAAAUGUUGGGCAUAUACUUGCCGAAUCAAUAGAAUAUAUAAACAAAACGGACAAAAUAAGAGGAAACAAAAACUGCUAGACAAAGAGGCUGUAAAUUUUCUCUUUAGAAGGAAUUGGUCUCUUUUUGUGGAUAAAAUGCCAUAAAAUUGAAUCAUAUUUAUUUAGUUGGGCGUUAGAAUCAUAAAAAAAGGCUGUGGACAAAUUAGCAUGAGAUUGAAUCAUAUUUAGUUGGGCGUUCAAAACAUAUCUCGAAAAUUACUUAUGAUGUUUAACUUAUGUUGAGUUCACCUGUCUAUGGAAAAUAUAUCCUCACUCGGGAAAUAUAUCAUGCAAAUUAACGGGACGGAUAGAUUUUUUAGUUGCAAAACUAAUUAAGUGUUUCGUUUAUCUGAUCCAUCAUUGUUGUGUGUUACCACAAAAUGUUAUUGAUUCCCAAAUUUGUAUAGACAAAUUUUACAAACUAAAACCAUUCAAUUGAUUUAUAAACCAUGACACUAAGAGCAUUAAAUAGCAUCAUUUAUGUUUUGAGGACUGGUGUGUGCCAUAAUUCCAAAGAUAGAUUAGUUUAAUUUAUGACAAUUUCGCUUGUUUAAAGAUAUGCUAUUUUUGGUUUAGGUGUUUGUGUGACAAUAAAGAGAUGUUUAUUUAUGAAGGUAGAGUAUUUUAGGGUCCAUUUUUCCCCUGCAUUGGUACCACUGUCAUUGCCACCUACUCAAUCAAUACAAGAUCAAGAAUAAAGUUAGCAGGGAACUUAGGGGUUGUGUCGCUUAAUCUAUUUUAAUUUUGUUAAGUUUUACAAAAUAUAAUAAAGCCUCGCCUGUCUGGAAUAAUAGGCUCAAAAACAUUCCGUAUAAUCAAUGGUUGGUAUUUAUAGGUUAAUUUUGGGGAAAGUAUUGUAUAUAAAUUAUUAAAUUUUCAUCCCUUGGCCCUUUGAAGUCCAGCGAUGAAUGUAGGUCAAAUAACCCCAAACUGUGAGAUUCCGUGGUAGUCUACUUGGUAGAAAAUGAGUCUUUUCGUUUGUCACUAUAACAAGUAUUAAUUUAAUUUAUCCUCAAGCAUUCCAGUUAAGCGGGGUUCUACUGUAUCCAAGGUAUAAUAAGUUUUCAUUUCCCUACCAAUUACACAUUAAAGCCAAAGAUAACUAUACCUUAGUUUGAGAACGGUAGUGUAAGAUUUAAAACCGUAUCAUUAUUUACACGAUUGUAAUGUUGUUAAUUUUGUACUCUUACAAUUUAUAUAGUUGAAUGAAGUCGAAAUGUGUUUGUUUUUAGUUGUGUUAAGAGGUGUUUGACACCGAUAGGCAGGUUCAGGGACGGGUAGAAAGUAACUGUACUAUUUUCUGUAUUUAAUUUUAACAUUCUUUUAAUACUCUGCUAUCACUUACAUUCCACUUUCCAACAUUCGUUUAGGUUCAUGAAUAGAUAAGUGUAUAAUGUUUCACUCAUGUUUGUUCAGGGAUGGCAACUAUCUUAGUUCAUAGUUGUAAUAUUAUGUUUACAUUUAUUUAGUCAAGACCAUGAAAAGCCUUCAGUUAUGAUUGAAUUAUGUGUGUUUUUGCACUGAAUCAAGGUCCUGAAUCAGUUUAACAGUUUGUCAAAUCUGACAUAGAGGCAUAACUAAUAAACUGAAAAUUUACAAGAGAAAUAUAACUGAUUUAAUAACCACACAAUUGAAAAAAAAAAACAAUUAUGAAUUUGGGGGGACCAAAUGUUUACCUUUGUAUGUAAUGUAUAUCCAUCUUGACAAAUUAUUUGGAAUAUUUCUCAACAAUUGUGUUACCCCAAAUAUUCGAGCAUAGAUUUAUUUACUCUUCGAUUGCUCAAUGUUAAAGUGCCAUGCUUUAACUUUUGUUUUGUGUCAAUUUGUUAAAAUUAAUAAUUGUAUUUCAUUGUUUUAAUGUUCACAGCAAAGAAAAAUAGUUCAAUAUUUGUCGUUACAAUUUUGAGUCUUAAAUAAAAUGGACAUUACAAUAGAACCUCAUUAAUCCGACCGCCUCAUUGCUGUACUCUAUACACAGUCAGUAGUUAUUUAUUGUAUACUGUAUCUGUAAUUGUUUCUAUUGUAAUUUACAGUACUGUUUAUUCACUAUGUUUACUGCUGUAAACGUUAAAAAUUUAAAUAAACACUGUCUUUUACUCUAUAAAGCAUUUUUCACUUUUCCCGUAACAAUUACGAUCCAUUUGAGCUAUUGUUAUAUUAAAGCAAUAAUAUGUUCCUGUAAUCCGAACUAUUCAAUAGUACGAACUAUCCCCUGGUCCCAAUUAGUUCGGAUUAAAGAGGUUCUACUGAACAUGGAUGCAGCUUCUACUUAGUAACAUUGACUAAGAAUAUUGCAAGUGAACUUAUCAUUCUAUUGUACAGUAAUAUCUGUUUGUGUUGCUUGCUAGAUACGCUGAUGUCAAUCCAAUAUUAUUCUCAUUAUAUAACUAGGGGACGAGCUAUUGUUUAUGAUUUGAUCGUUUUAUUUGGUUGAACAAAGUUUUAAAUGGCUGAAAUAACAAGAAACAAAUUGUAAACAAAACACAACCUCUACAGUGCACCGGACAGAACUAACAAUAAAAUUGGCUUCAGCUGUUCCAUAAGGAUGAGAAAUCUACUAAGGGAGUUUGUUUUAAGACACGGGUAUGAUGAUAUCAGACAGAAAUCAUACGUCAUAAAAUGGUCUUCAGCUUAUCUACAAAGAUAAAUCUGUAAUGUCAUUGGAUAUGUUUUGUGUUAUUAUGAACCGUAAAUUAGGAUUACGAUUACAACAUAUAAUAUGGAAAUUUGAUAUGUUUGUCUUUGUUGUGAACAUAAACAUGGAAAAGUUUCUGUGAUUACAGUUUAGGAAACGAUUGUUGUGGGUAUGAAAUGUGAGAAACGUUUUUUAUGGACUAUUUCCAAUUAGGUAGUCACAUUGUAGUACACUGUUUUCUCUUGAUAUAUUAUAAUGCAUGUAUUGAAAUAGUACAACAAAACAUGUUUGUAGAUUUAGAGAACAGUUUCAUAAACACUAAGAGAUGUUGUAUUGUAAUAGUUAAAUUUUCUCUAGUUUUAACGCCAUUGAAGUGUAUAUUUUCGUAAACUGCUCAGUCAGCUCUCUAUUUUUACUAGGUUAGUUUUCAUUAACGACUCUGCAACAUAUCUCGUUCACUUUUGUCAAUUCUAUCGGAUCUAUAAUAUAAGAACAUCAGUAAAGCUUUACUGUAGUUUUAGUUUUCAGAUGUAAUAAGUGAGAACUUUUGUUUGUAUUGUUAUUAUUUUUGUUAGUCUAUUGUUGAUGUGUUUGAAAUAAAGAUGAUCAAUUGAA